AGCGGCCCCGCCGGCAGUGGGCGGAGCCUCCGCCGCGCCCGCUCCGCUCGCGAGACUUGUGCGGCCCCCACUGCCGCCGCCAGCCCCCCGCCGCCGCCGCCGCCGCCGCCUCGCCUGCUGCCCGCCCCGCCCCGCCCCCGCCCCAUGGCGUCCGACAGCGACACCGAGGAGUUCUACGACGCGCCCGAGGACGUGCACCCGGGGGGCGCCUCCCCCGCGCCGUCACCGACAAAAGUUGGGUCCCAUGUAUUAAAGGAAACGGACAGCAAUAUACACAGAGUUGCAAAUGAGGCCCUGAUACAGGAAGUAAAACAAGAUGACUCUAAAGAGAUUAUUGACAGUAUUAUAAAAGAAAGCCAAAAAGUGCAACAGCUAGAAGAUGAUCCUUUGGCUUCCCAAGGAAAAGAGCCAACUGAUCAAACUUCAGAUACAAAUACUUGGAUCCCUGGAGCAGAUAUCCUUAGUAAUAUUCCUGAACUACUAGCUACUGAAUCAGCAUUACAAGAAGAUACUCAAGAACCUGUGACUCAGAGUACAUGUAAGGAGGCAGAAGUGGAACCCAGAGGGGUUUUUUUGCCUUCUGACCAUACCGUUGAGCAUCAAGAAGGUGAAACCACUAAUAAACUAGCAGAAAUAAUAAAUGCAACUGAAGAGCUUAAAAUCACUGAAUCUUACUCACCGAAAGAAACAUCUAAAAAUGAGGAAGUAACAGAAGUGAAGCAGACAGAUAUUUUAGAAGAGGUGACUUCCGAUUUCUUACCUACCAAAGAUCUUACAACAGAAGAAAUGCCUCCAGCCAAACCCCCAAGGCAACUUAGUGUAGAACCUGAUAUAGUUGCUAGCACUAAGAAAUCUCUUCCAGUACGCCCACCGCCUCCAGCAAAUGUUCCUCCUCCUAGACCACCACCACCUGCUCGGCCCGCUCCACCACCCCGGAAGAAAAAGAGUGAAUUGGAGUUUGAGGUGCAAAAAUUAUCUGGUUUAGAAGUGACAGAAUGCAUGGCCAAAGAUUCUCAGCCUUCUUUGGAUCUGGCAAGCGCAACCAGUGGAGAUAAAAUAGUUACUGCACAGGAAAAUGGAAAAUCAGCUGAUGGACAAACAAUACCAAAUGAAUUGCUUGGACCACAAAGACCCAGAUCUAACUCUGGAAGAGAACUCACAGAUGAGGAAAUUCUAGCGAGUGUGAUGAUAAAGAACCUUGAUACAGGUGAAGAAAUACCAUUGAGCUUGGCAGAAGAAAAACUGCCACCAGGCAUUAACCCCCUGACGUUGCAUAUCAUGAGGAGAACUAAGGAAUAUGUCAGCAAUGAUGCGGCACAAUCUGACGAUGAGGACAAAAUGCAGACACAGCAAACUGAUUCUGAUGGAGGAAGGUUAAAACAAAAAACGACUCAGCUGAAAAAGUUCUUGGGCAAAUCAGUAAAGAGGGCAAAGCAUCUUGCUGAAGAAUAUGGUGAACGUGCUGUAAAUAAAGUUAAAAGUGUUCGAGAUGAAGUGUUCCAUACUGACCAGGAUGAUCCCUCUUCAAGUGAUGAUGAAGGAAUGCCAUAUACAAGACCAGUUAAAUUCAAAGCAGCACAUGGCUUCAAGGGACCUUUUGACUUUGAACAAAUAAAAGUAGUUCAGGAUCUCAGUGGUGAACACAUGGGUGCUGUUUGGACAAUGAAAUUUUCUCACUGCGGCCGAUUACUUGCAUCAGCUGGACAGGAUAAUGUAGUGAGAAUAUGGGUUUUAAAGAAUGCUUUUGACUAUUUCAAUAACAUGCGACUGAAAUACAAUACAGAAGGUCGUGUGUCUCCCUCCCCAUCUCAAGAGAGCCUGAAUUCUUCAAAGUCUGAUACUGAUGCAGGGGUUUGCAGUGGAGCUGAUGAAGACCCCGAUGAUAAAAAUGCACCAUUUCGGCAGCGGCCAUUUUGCAAAUACAAAGGUCAUACAGCAGAUCUCCUUGAUCUCUCAUGGUCUAAAAACUACUUCUUGCUUUCUUCUUCAAUGGAUAAAACAGUCAGAUUAUGGCACAUAUCCAGAAGAGAGUGUCUCUGCUGUUUCCAGCAUAUAGACUUCGUCACUGCAAUAGCUUUCCAUCCAAGAGAUGACAGGUACUUUUUAAGUGGCUCAUUGGAUGGGAAACUCCGACUUUGGAACAUUCCUGACAAAAAAGUGGCAUUAUGGAAUGAAGUGGAUGGGCAGACAAAAUUGAUCACAGCAGCAAACUUCUGUCAGAAUGGCAAAUAUGCAGUGAUUGGCACAUAUGAUGGCCGAUGUAUUUUCUAUGAUACAGAGCACUUGAAGUACCAUACACAGAUACAUGUGCGUUCUACCAGAGGACGGAACAGGGUUGGAAGAAAAAUUACUGGCAUUGAACCUUUGCCUGGAGAAAAUAAGAUAUUAGUGACAUCCAAUGACUCCAGAAUCAGACUGUAUGACCUAAGAGAUUUGUCCUUGUCCAUGAAAUACAAAGGUUAUGUCAACAGCAGCAGCCAAAUCAAAGCCAGCUUCAGCCAUGAUUUUACUUACAUUGUAAGUGGCUCAGAAGAUAAAUAUGUUUAUAUCUGGAGCACCUACCACGAUUUAAGCAAGUUUACUUCAGUAAGGAGAGAUCGUAAUGACUUCUGGGAAGGUAUUAAAGCACACAAUGCUGUUGUCACAUCAGCAAUUUUUGCCCCAAACCCCAGCUUGAUGAUAUCAUUGGAAACCUCUGAAAAACAAGAAACUGAAAGCAAGGGAGAUGAUCCUGAAGCAUCAGACACUAUACCUUCUGGUGCUUUGAAGACAGAUCACACAGAAGUGCUUUUAUCGGCUGACUUUACUGGAGCUAUCAAAGUCUUCAUUAACAAAAAGAAAAAUGCAUCUUAAUUAUUUGUAGCUGAUAGCAUUAAAAUAUGGUACCCUGGAAGUAAAAUUCCACAGAUGACAUGGACAGAAGCAAAAUAUCUACUGUAAUAGCAUCAUGGGCUGAUUUAGUUUAAAAUCUUUAUUUUAAAGCUACUCAGUUAUCAGACCUCUUGGGAAGCAGUCUCAACCUAUUAACACCUGGGCUUGUAGAGUAGAAAGGAAUGUGUAAUAGUAACCUUGCCAAACAAAUCGGCUUAACGUUUUCUAAAUACCAUUGUUUUGCUACAUAAUUGUGAACAUGCACAUAUUUCUGCAUGAAAAUAUAUUAAUAUAUUCACACAUGUGUGUGCCUUUUUGGUUACAUGCACUAAAUUGAACAUAUAUCAAGAGUUAAUUUAUUUAGUGGUGCUUAUGGCCACUUGAUGGGGGAGGGGAAAAUAAAUUAAAAAAAAUGCUAAAUGGUCUAGCUUGAAAAGAAAAUGCAAUCUCUUUGCACAAAGUUCCAUUUCUAAGAAAGGUGAUCUAUUUUGAAUUUGUGGUAGUUAUGGUUCAGAAUAUCUAAGUUUUAUGCAAGUUUUUGAUGGGUCAGCAACCAUGUGUUAAACGUUUUUUAUAAAUUUCUCAACUUUCAGGACGUGAAAAUUUUUGUUGUCUUUUAAUUGUGGAUUUAGAUUCCUUUAUAUAUAUUUUGCACACUGGAGCACAAUAUUUCUAUGUAAAGAAUUCUCUCAUUCCUUAUUCACGAGCAUCAUGCUAUGCUCACCUAAAAUUAAGCUGCAUUAGAAACAAUUCUUAAUUUUACAACAAUGUAAAAUAAACUGUUUACAUAUUUUUUUUAAGCAUUGUAGUUUAAAAAAGUUUUAAGUUGUCUUUUUGUUUGUUUAGAGCUAUUGAAUUUGAAAGUCUUUGUAAAUAUUCAUAUAAUAUACCAAUGAAAUAACGUUCUGGGCAACAUAACCCAUGAAAUGUUAUUGAUGGUUAAAAUCGUUUCAGAGAACAAAGAUGUAUCAUUAAAAUUGGUCACAAAUACUUGGAAAA